GACUCAAAUUUCCACCAUUUUAAUUUUAAACCCGAUUUGCGCCAACUUCAGUUUUGUCAUUAUUUCGGGCAUUUACCAAAAGAAAAUAAAAAAUAUUUCUGGGGCGGGCGGAUUUGCAUUUGUAGUGGCGCAAACAGCCGUCUUCAAUAUUAUAAAAAUCCAGAAAUAUACGCUUAAAUUUCCAAUAAAUCGUGGGAAGUUUUUGUGAAGGAAUUUUCCUUGGUUUGUGCCCAGGACAAUAUGGAUAAACAUAACACCGAUAUUAGUAAUUUAGCUGACUCGCUUGGGAUUUUAAAUUUAGAUAGCUUAAAAGCUUUUGGUGAGACAUCUAAUUCUUCCUCCACCAGCAGCAAACCAGUCAACGAACGCUUAAAUAAGGAACGACUAAGAGCUUUGGAAACCUUGGAAAAAGCCAGCAAAUCCGUAAAAUCUGAUGUAAAUAAAAUAAUACAGCAAAGCUUUGUAAAAAAAGAUUAUUUAAAAGUACCAGAUGAAAUAACUACAUCAUCAAAUUCCUCAAGAAAAUUAAAUCGUACGGAAUAUGUGCCUUAUUGCCGACCAGAUUCCAUCAAUAUUUCCGAUUUGGUGACUGAUGAAAGUAUCAACCUAAACUUUAAGAGCACUAUUUCAACAAAUAACACAAAAGUUUCAUUCGAACCGUCGGAAAUAACUGGUCGAUCCACACAUUAUACAGAGCGAAAUUCACAUAAAAAUCCGAAAAAUAGUAUUGCCACAACAUCUAGUCGGCUAUCAGUCGGUGACAUUCUCGCCACUUCAUUUGCGCCCAAAGCUCGAAAUCUCGGCGAGGCUUUAGGUGAACGCACUUCAGUAUCGAGCACUACAUUAGGAAGUUUAAAUAAUUCGCAUGUUUUACUUCGAACGGCUGAUUUAUCGCUUAAUACCACAGAUACAACAUUUGGUAAAGCUGCCGGCGGUCAGUUUUCAUUUAAUAUGACAAAUGAAACCGGAGUCAACUCCGAGGAAUUUCAGCCCGCAGAAAAAAUGCAGUCGAAGUUGUUGAUGGACGAAAUGGCUUGGGCACAAGAAUUCGCCACCAUACCAACAGCUGCAUUGAAUAAAGAGGAGAAGGAAAAAACAGUCGAGGGAAAGGAUUUUGAUCUACAAUCCAAUCCGAACAGCUCGAUUUUGGCGCGAGACCCCAAUUUUUCUAUGGGACGCUUUUUCAAUCAACGUUCAGAAGAUUUACAAAAUAUAGUGCGGUCAUUGAGUCCCGAGCGCAUGCGUCCUCCAAUAGCAUUGGUAGAUGAAACACAAAGUACACUUAGCUUGAGCACGCCAAUAGGAACUACGAAAGUCAUUGCAUCCACAAAUGACGUAGACUUAACACCCCAAAUUGAUAAUAGGACAUAUAGUAAAGCUCCAAACGUUGCUUAUAAUAGCAUAUUAGAAUAUGAGAAACAGAAAGGAGAUAAACAUGAAAGUAAAGAUUCCGGCAAUGGCACGAAAGAAGAAGAGGAAUCGUAUUUGCUCUCGCUGUCGCAUAUCAAAAAGGCCUUUACUAAAAACAUUGAUGGAGAUAUUUCAUCAACACAUCUUAUCGAUUUGUUGAAAAAACCAAAACGUAAUAAGUCACCUCAAAACCGCGAAAGAAACGAAUUACGGCAAAGCAGUGUUGCUCAGCAAUUUCAAUUUAAUAAGGCCCCACAAUUGGCUGUCGCAGCCCAUACAUCAGCCAGUGUAAGACAAUCCGUUGAACGAUACACAAAUAGCCUAAAUACGCUCGAGGAAUUGUUAUCAGAAAAUAAAGAAAAUUGGGAUCCACAAAAAAUGCGAGGAUCUGAAUCACAUGCUGACACAAUAAGUUUUAGCGAAUCAUUGCUGGAUGCCAGUGAUUUAAAAGAGUUGCAGCGCAGCAUAGGUCAACCACGAUCACCGCUAAGCCCUUUAAAUAUACCAACUCUACGACUUGCACCUAAUGAAAACGAUAAUGCCUGUGAAGAAAAAUCGUAUCGGCAAUAUCAUGAAACACCCGAAAAGAUAAAUGGUAGCUUUAAAUCGUCAUUUUCUAAGUCCACCACACCCAAAUCUUCCCCUUCAACAUACGCACAAACUUGCGGCAUUAAUCAAAAAACCAUAACCCUUACGAAGAAGGAAGGUUCCCCAUCAUCGUUGAGUCCCUAUCUGCAGUUGCAGAAACCACUUUGUUCUACAAGGGUCGAUGAGCAAAAAAGUGAUUGUGAUGUUGUAGCUGUUUCACCGAAUCUUUCCAAGUCGCUGGCAUCGCCCAAGAAUAAUGCUGCUGAGCGCACCCUAAUGGCUACUGGUAGCCCCUAUAGCGGCCCUCCAUCUCCACCCCGCGGUUUUUUAUCUUCACCAUCAUCGCCCGCUGCAACUGACAUGGGUAUCGAAAAUUCACGUCGGGGUUGUGAGAACUGUUCGCCACAGGCGCGAGGAAAGCCACAAUCCAGCAGUAAUGUUAAGGUGCAACGCGCGGCAUCGUCACCGUCGACUAGCGAAGCCAGUGCCAAAAAUAUUGCACCAAUGCGCACAAAUAGCGCAUAUACUCUUAGAAAUGGCGGCGUUGUGCGCAGCGUCUCGCGUUGCUCCAGCAGCAGUGAAUUCAGUCAUCGUGACGGAAACGCAAUACCGUUAAAGGUUACCGCCGUUGAAUUGUCUUGGGGUAGCACACGUUUGAGAAAUGCUGCACACCGGACAAUGCAAGUGAAAAAUAUUGCGAGCAAGAGACUUACCUUGCGUAUAGAUGUGCACGGUCCCGGUUAUCAACUGUUGAAUUUGCCUGGCAAUAAUACGUUGACUUUGCAGUCUCAGGAAUGUCGCACAAUUGCGGUAAGCUUUUGUCCUACAGUUAUUGGUGCUGCCGUGGGCAAGCUUGCAUUUUACGCACCGCAAAAUGUUAAUGCUGCACACAACAGUGCCUCCACUGCCAACAUGUCAUCGUUUUUGGAUAUCCCUCUAUAUGGUUAUGGUGGCCAUUGCAGCAUUGUGGCGCAGGAAGUGCACAUAGCGCCAGUUGGUAUGGCUUUCCUGCAAAUGGGCUACUUACACGAACUCUCACAACCCAUACAGCGCACUAUACGUGUUUACAAUAAAGGUCCGCUGCUGGGCUUCGCGCUCGCUUCAAUCGAUUCGGUUGGACUACGUUUGCCGCGAUUAUGCACUGCUUUUGAAAUACAGCCAGCAGCCAUGCUUAUACCGCCUGGUUCAACAGCGACUUUGCGUGUAGUUUUCCGGCCACAGCGUGAAGAUGUACGAAAAAUUACAAGACAAACAAAAUCCGUACUCACACUAGCCAAUUUGCGUUUAAUAUCUGGUGAUGAAGCAAAUAGGCAGCGCAUGCGCCAACUGGUGGCGCGCAUGUCGCCGGAGGAGCGCGUCAAUCUAAGUUCAUCUAAAUCUUUGGAAGCGUUGUGGGAAAAGCUGCCUGGUGAGAAGGAAAUUAAAGAGCUGCAGACGUUCAAGGAAACACCAAAAUUGACGUACGAUUUGCUAACCCACAUGCGUAUACACGAAGUUGCACUUACCAUUAACGAUGACUACUUGGACGAGACUAUCAAGUCGACAUCUUCGUUUUAUUUUCCCGAUGAGGAUGAGACAGUAUUGUUCCGCACAGUAUGCAGUCCAUCGCCCAGUAAUGCUGAUGGUUCGGGCCAUGUUUUGGAUCGUGUGGAUGAAUUAAUAGAGGAGGAUGUUGAGCAAGCCAACAGUAACAAUUCGUCGACACGCGGCGAAGCUUGUUGCUGGUCUGUUUUGCCCAGCGCAUUAUGUUUUUAUUUGCGCGGUGAAGAACGCCCAUUAUUGCGUUCAUCGAUUUUCAUUUGCAACUCAUUUAAGUCGCGACAAUACUUUGAAGUGAGCACGAACCGUAAAAACUUGUUGCAGUUGACGCCCUCAGAGGGUUAUGUGGAACCCGAUGGUGGCCAUUUAGAGGUGGAGGUGAGUUUGCUAUGCGACAAAUUGAAUGCGGAAAAUAAGCAGGAACCGUUCAACAUUACGGUUUCUAUGGAAAAUGAACGUAUAAUUGUGCCAGUGGAAUUGUGCGAUGAGGUGCGUCCAGCGGAGAGUGUAUAAUGUGACAAAAAUAUCUGCUUUGUAAUUAAUUUUAAACAAUUUGCUGCAGUAUAGUUUUUGUAUUACUUACUUGUAUCUGUCUCCUCCUCUGUUCGUUUAAAACAAUGUUUACUUUUUUAUGCAAAAUAAUAUGUAUUUAUUUAUAUUUUAUAUGUUUAACUCUUUAAAAGCUAUGCAUGCACGGUUUCUACAUUUUGUUUCACAAUUCCUGCUGAUAUUUAUUAAUAAAUUUACCAACUAUUAAAGAAAA